AUGUCAUACAUAAACAUUCCAAGGGAUCGUAAUGAUCCAAAUUAUAGAUAUAAGAUGCCUAAGCUAGUCUCAAAAAUCGAAGGUCGAGGAAAUGGAAUAAGAACAAAUAUAACAAACAUGGGUGACAUAGCUAGAUCGUUAAAAAGACCACCUAUGUAUCCAACAAAAUUUUUUGGCUGUGAAUUAGGAACAAUGGUUAAGUUUGAAGAAAAUGAAGAAAAAGCUAUAGUUAAUGGUGCACAUAAAGAAAAUGAUUUAGUAAAUAUCCUUGAUAAAUUUAUAGAGAUGUAUGUUUUAUGUCCCCAUUGUUUGCUACCUGAAACUGAUAUUAUUGUAAAAAAAGGAUUUUUAAUAUGUAAAUGUAAUGCCUGUGGAAAUAUAGGACAACUUAAUAAUUCUCAUAAAAUCGCUACAUAUAUGAUAAAGAAUCCACCCCAAAUUAGUACAGUAGGUAGUAAAAAGAAAAAGGUUAAAGAGAAAAAAGGAGAAAAAAAUGGAAAAAGUAAAAGUGAUAAAGCAGAAAAAGGAGCUGGUGAUAAUAAUGAUGAUUCAAAAAAUGGAAUAUUACAACCGGGAGGUUAUCACGAUAAUAAUAGUUCAGAUGAUGGAUGUACAGACAAAAGUAAUCCAAAUAAUAGUAGCACAAACAAUAAUAAGAAGGAUAAAAAAAGCAAAUCAAAAAAAGAUAAAGGAAAAAAGAAAUUAGAAGAUAAUUUUGUAUUAGAAAAAGAAUUAUUACAUUAUGAAAGUUUUGAAAUUAAAGAAGUAAUAGAUAGAUUAAGAACAUUAGUUGUAACAUUUCCAAAUAUAAGUGAUAAUGAUUUUUGUGAGGAAUUACGUGUUUUACAAGUUUCUCAAUGUUUUGAUUCAAAAUGUCGAAUGUUUAUUUGUUUGUGUGCGUUAUUUGAUGAUAAGAUAUCAAAAGAGUUAUUGGAAAAAAAUAUAAAAUAUUUAAAAAAAAUUAAUGAUACUUCGGUAACUACUAUGGAUAUAUUUUUAGCUUUAGAAUAUUAUGUAAACAAAAUAGCAACAACAGCUAUAACUAUUUAUCCAUACAUUUUACAAGUCUUAUAUAAUAAUGAUAUGCUCGAAAGCAAAGACAUAAUUAAACGAUAUGACGAAGAGGAUGAUGCAAAUGUUACAUCAGUAUCAAACAAUAAAAAAGGAAGCAGUAGUAAUAACAUUAACAAUGUAGAUGAGAAACAAAAAGAAUAUAAUGAAUGCUAUGAAAAAUGUAAAUGUAUGGCAAAACAUUUUGUCAACUGGUUAAAACAAAAUGACUCGGAUGAAGAAGAAUCUGAUGAUGAAGACGAACCAAGUAGCAACAACAUUGCCACAAAUUAUAAAGUGAAAUCUUUACGCAAUAAUGACAAUAAUAAAAAUAAAGAAAAAAGUAACUUAAAUGGAAAUGACAAACCAUUUGAAGAUUCAAAGAGUGAAAAAAAUGAAGAUGAAAUAUUUUUAGAUGCAAAAGAUGGACUUAACAAUACAGCAGAUGAAGAAGAAGAAGAAAUUGACAUUGAUGCUAUUUAA